CGCCAAGGCAGACAGGAAGACUGCAACACUGGAGCUCUGACACAUGUUCUUCUUUUGCAAACAAACGCACUGGUGCAUGCAUGUGGUAAACACCCUCGAUUUCCUGUAAGCGGACUACAUUUCCAAGUGACUAACAUACCAAUACAUACCAAAUGAUACUUUCUGAGUAAAAGAAGAGGUUGAUUAGUCACACGUCACAGAGGAUAUCAAUGAGGAUCUAAGCUGUCAAGCUCAAUCUGUAUGUGGCUGUGAUUUGGCUUGGAGCACAUAGCAUAGACCAAGAGGGCAAUCAGUGCGUGAGGAUUGCAAUUCAUCACAACCAGGAAUGAUGGAUAGCAGAAAGAGUACUUAAAACGGUCAAUCAUUGGACAUCAACAAAGUGAUUUACAUAUCAACACAGAGUCAAAGUUUCUUAGUCAAUCCACCACCUAAACUUCAAUUAGUCUUCAAGGAUCAAGGCCUGGUCAGAAGCUGCUGAUGAGUGGCUCUGCAACUGAAAUGGCUGUCUGAGCAAAUUCCUGCAAGAAAAACAUGCAGUGGAGACGACGCCACUGCUGUACACACACAGCUAAACUUCUCUAUCUCUUGUCACUGUUGGGUGUACUGGUAUUUCUAGUCCACCAGGUGUGGUUGCCUAGGCUCACAGGUAUGCCAUGGUGGAGAGGCCAUCCUGUGGUGUUUGGAGGUGUUGGACUUCAUGCUACCAAUCCCAAACUGAACUUGAAUUCUCAAAAUUCUAUGUGGAGGUUUGUCAUUGUUCCUCAGCCGACUUUCAAGGCUGAUGCUAACAUCAGCUCCCGUGAGAAGGAGGGUGUCUCCUCGCAUGAAGGAGCCACAAGUUUUGCGAACACAAGUCUAAGAGAAGAGCGAGACCUUAGUGGCACUUUAACUCUUGGGCCUUUCCCUUAUAUCAUCAAUGAACCACACAAAUGUGUAGACAACAGACCCACACCAUUUCUGGUGAUGCUGAUAGCCACUGAAGCUCGGAAGGUGGAGGCAAGGAAUGCCAUACGUCAGACAUGGGGGAAUGAGAGUGUUGCGCCGGCUCUGGGAUUCAUCAGGCUGUUCAUGCUUGGGAAAAAUGAGGGAGAGCUAGGAUUUUUACAACAAAGGAUGCUAGAAGCAGAGAGUCAAAGGCAUCAUGAUAUCAUUCAGCAGGACUUUCUGGAUUCAUACAAAAACCUGACCAUAAAGACAUUGAUGGGAAUGAACUGGGUGGCAAUGCACUGCCCACGUGCCAGCUACGUUAUGAAGACGGACAGCGACAUGUUCGUCAACACAGAGUACCUCAUUUAUAAGCUUCUCAGGCCAGAACUGAAGCCCAAGAUGAACUACUUCACAGGCAAUAACAUGAGAGGCUUUGCACCAAACCGAAAUAAAAACAGCAAGUGGUACAUGCCCCCAGAGCUGUAUCCAAACGAGAAGUAUCCCACCUUCUGCUCUGGGACUGGUUACGUCUUCUCUGGAGACUUGGCGAGGAAAAUCUACCACGCAUCUCUAAGUAUCCACCAGCUGCAUCUGGAGGAUGUGUAUGUGGGAAUAUGCCUGGCCAAGCUCCAGAUCGAGCCUACUCCACCACCCAAUGAGUUCCUAUUCAACCACUGGCGGGUGUCUUACUCCAGCUGCAAGUACAGCCAUCUGAUAACAUCACAUGGGUUUCAUCCCAAUGAACUACUCAAAUACUGGCAUCACCUGCAAAGCAACAAACAUAAUGCCUGCAUCAACACAUUUAAAGAGAGAGCGGGCAGGACGCACUCAAACAGAAUGAAUGGAAAGAAACAAGCUCAAUAAUUGAACUGUAAUACUCACAAGCUGUUUGUUAGAUACAGAUCUAUUUUUAUCUCAGCACAUUUUCUUUUUAUAUGAAGAGAUGAAUGCACAAUUUUUCCAUGUGAACUCAAUACAAAUUCUGCAUAAAUGUGUCUGCGCACAAAAAUACUUUUUUUUGCAACAAUGUAUGUUCUACUAUAUGACUAUGUCUUUUAUAUACGCAGAUACAAGUUCAAAACUAGAGUGGACAAGGUAUGGUGCCAAAAAAAAUAUUUCAACAUGUAUAUCAAAUAGUCAGGGAAGUCAUUUUAAAAAGAGGUUAGUUUCAGCAGCAAGAGACAGAUUGUUUCAGAUUGGACCAGACACUUUUUAGGCAACAAAUUAUUUAAGCAUGAAAGUAUUUUUUUUUGGUAAAUUACAUUUGAAAAAGUACAUUUGAGGACCUAAUGUAGCACAAAAGUUACCUUUAUUACUUGACUGAGGUCCUGUUGUGACAUGAUGGUAGAUGAGUACAUUCCUCUAAAGACAAUCUCUAAAAAUAAUAAAAAGAUGAAUCUUUCCUGUCUGUGGUUUAUGCUGAUUCUCUUUGAGAUGGUAAAAUAGAAUAAGACCAGCAGAAUUCCUUUUUUCAUAGACUGUUUAUAAUAUUUCAGAUUA